AGCAUAACGUCCACUGAACAAGAAUGGCAACAUCUUUGUCAUCUUUUGGCAAAUGUCAUUUAGAAAGCUAACCUAAACAAUUUGAAUUGAUCAAAACAUGCGUAUUUUCUAAAACUUGUUGAUAUUGUGUUAAAUCAAAGUCUUUUAGUGACCAACAUGUUAGAGGCAGAAGUAAACUAUGAACGGACGAUAUUGGAUUACCUCAAUGAGGACUGCUGGCGCGCCGUGCUGCAGUACGUGCCCGUGCAAGACCUCAUACGGACAGAGCGCGCCAGCCGCGCGUGGCAGGAUAUGGUGCUUGCGUACUUGCAAGGAGUCCGAAUUGUCAUUGUGAAAGAAGAUUUCAGCACAGAAAAAAUCCUACAAAACUACAACAGCUGCAGUUUAAAGCCAUCAAGAUAUAAAUCAUUUCUGAAUUGGACCAACAAACUAGGCCCAUCAGUUUCUUCCACUUACUGCCACAAUUUGGAGAAUCUAGGAAUAAUCAAUGAAAACUGCCCCAACUUAGAAGCCCUUCAGUUAUCCCGUAUUGUAAGUGGGCCCGGACAACUGCUCCGACACAAUCUAAAUGACAAUUUCAAGUUCUUGCGCGAGGUUUCUUUCCAUUGGUGCUCUAUACAAGACGACCAUGUAAACGAAUUCAUAGCAGAUAAAGCCUUAGAAAAACUAGAAAUCCGCAAUUGCACUUAUUUAUAUGGUCUUUGUUUUGAUAGUUUGAACUUGUCAAACUUAAAAUCGCUGACCGUUGAAUGUAGCGAGUCACUUGAGCCCGUCAGCUUGCUUUCAAUCAUGAUAUCAGACCGAGAAAUGCAGUCUGUCUUGUGUAAUAUGCCCAAAUUGGAAUGCCUAGAGCUAAACGGUGGGUACAUGCAUGGGAAUGUGUCUGAGCACUUGAGUCGGCUGGCCCGCUUGAAGCAUUUGAGUGUGACGUAUCAACUGCAGUAUCAGCACGUGGAAGUCAUAACGCGCUGUUGUCAGGAAUUGCGCAGUUUGGAGCUGUUAGACUGUCAAUGCCUGCAGGGCGUGGACGCGAUCUGCCGGCACGCCGGCGCGCGGCUGGCGGCGCUGCGGCUCGACCAGUUCUCCGCGGCGCGCGACGACGACGUCGUGCGGCUCGUGCGAGGCUGCCCGCGGCUCCAGUCGCUGACCAUCGGCGGCGCCGAGCGGCUGACGUGCGCGCUGCCGGCGCGCGCGGCGGCGGCGCGGCGCGAGGCGCGCGCGGGCCGGGACCCGGGCGCGGGCCCGGGCUCGGACCGGCCGGGCGCGGGCCCGGGCUCGGACCGGCCGGGCGCGGGCCCGGGCUCGGACCGGCCGGGCGCGGGCCCGGGCUCGGACCGGCCGGGCCCGCUGCGCCUCGACCUCAGCUACACCAACCUCUCCGACGAGUACUAUCUGCGACUACAAGACCGAGGGCUGGAGCACAACCGACAAUAUGAAGAAAUGAAAACGAAGUAUGAUGACUUGAUCGUAGUGCUCGAGAACACGAUGGACGAAUAUUAUGACGAAGAACCGUUCGACGACGAGUUCGAGGCUAAUCACUUCCAUUACCAUGACUACUCGUUUGAUGACUAUGACGAGGUCGGGGAGGAGGAGAGUGAUCACGAGGAGGAAUAGCAUUGAUUAUAAAGACUGAUAAGUAAUAAUAAUGUUUUGUAAGUAAAAUGUGACAAGUCAUUUUUAAUUUUACUAUGUCAUUCCAAUGUUUUUUCCAUUUUGAAACACCUAUUGUUAAGUCUAUUGUGUCAUGACAUUAAAUUGUUAUCAUUUGGAGAA